AUGUCCGACUCUGUGGAUAGAGUCUUCAGCCAUGCCCUCAACACCGUCAACAAGAUCCGGAUCGGCUCCGAGAAGCCGCCCUCGUCCACCCGCCUGAAGCUCUAUGGCUUGUACAAACAGAGCAUGGAGGGCGACGUCGACGGCAUCAUGGAGCGGCCCGACGGCGACGACGAACAGACGAGAAGGUCGCAAGAGAAGUGGGACGCGUGGAAACAGCAGAACGGCCUCUCGCGCACCGAGGCCAAGCGCCGCUACAUCACCACCCUGAUCGACACCAUGCACAAGUACGCCUCGCCGAGCCCUGACGCCCGCGAGCUGGUCGCCGAGCUGGAGUUCGUCUGGGACCAAGUCAAGUCGAACGUGCCCUCGUCCUCGUCCUCGUCGCCCCACGGCAUGCCCUCCUACCCCGGCCUCGGCUCGUCCGGCGAGCUGCACGAGUACCCUCCGCCGCAGAUACAGGCCUCGCAGAUGCGCAUCCUGACCCCCGCCGGCGUCGGCGACGCAGGCGAGGAGACCGGGGGCGAAAACGACGAGUUCGUGGACGCGCAGGACUCGGGUUCCCAGCACGGCGGCGCCCGGGAGAACGAGGACGCGCAGCGGCACCUCCGGGAACGGCCGCCGGCGCCCGCGCGGUCUGCGAGCGACAAGCAGUGGCGGCGCCGGGUGGAGCAGGCGUUGGUCAAGAUGACGGCCGAGGUGGCGGCCCUGCGCGAGCAGCUCGAGUCGCGGAGUCUGUACCAGCACACGCGCCGCCGCCGCUUCCUCGCCUGGGUCGGCUGGUUCCUGUGGUUCAACGUGAAGCUGAUCGCCGCCGAUAUGGUCAUCCUCGGCAUAAUACUGCUGUGGAUGCGCCGCAAGAAGGACCGUCGUCUCGAAGGUGCCAUCCGCGUGUUGCUGGGCGACGCAGUGGUUCAGAUGCAGCGCGUCGGCAGUCAGCAGGUCGCCAACAUUGGCAAGAUCCAGCUGCCCAAGCUGCCCGCCAAACUGAAGAGCUAG